GCCGAGCCGCCGCCCGCCGCGAAGAUGGCCGACAGCGUCGUCCUCAUAAGCGACCAGGACUCGGAGGGCAGCCGCUCGCCGCCGCCCCGGCGCCGCGCCCGCCGCCCGCCGCGCCCCGCGCUGCCGGCCCCCGCGGAGAUCAUCGAUCUGACCUGCGAGGAUAUAAGCACAGACCCGGCGCCAUGGAGGAGCCUCACCUUCAUUGACCUGACAGAGGACACUUGCAGCCCUCCCCACAGCACCGGCCAGGCUGACCAGGACCCCAGGCAGGCACCUGCUUCCCCAGCGGUGCACGUGUUCUACCCCUGGAUCUACUCCACCCUGAAGCAAGAAACGGAGGCAAGGGCAGGGCCGAGUCCUGCAGCGCCCUGUCACAGCACUCCUAUGGAGCCCACUACCACCGUGGACAGAGCGGAAAGCACAAAGAACUGUAGCUGCUUCUCUCCCACCUCCAGCUGCCACAGCUCCUCCAGCAGCCCGGAGCAGAACUGCAGCACUACCACUUUUAACAGUGACUUGGGCUCCCUGGCCAGCAUGCAGCUGGACUCAGACCUGCUGUCCCUGUCCCCCUCCAGCCUGGACAGCAGCAGUAGCUGGAGAGCCAGUGGCCCAGAGGAAGAGACUCCCCAUAUCUGCCAGCAAAGGGAACUCCCCCCGAGGCUGAGCCCUGUCCCAGCCCUCCCCACAACCCCAGGGAAGGCCCAAGGGCCUUUGCUGGAAGCAAAUGACUUACUGCCACACAAAGCAAUCCCACAAGUGACUCUAGCCAGGACCAAGGCUGAAAGCAAGACCUGGCUGAACAAACUGCAUUAUUUCAGGAGGAGUGGAGUCCAGCACCUCUUCCUCCAAGGCGUAACACCCGAAAGGGAAACACAGCAGAAACCUGAGCUCAUGCCCAGCGGGAAGCUGAGCAUGGUGCACAACACCAUGGAGGAGAACUUCGUGGAGGCCACCUUGCAUUUCCUGAACGAGUUCGUCUCCUACCAGCACUGUCCCCCAAAAGAAAUCAUCUCCUACUUGAUCAGACAGAUCCUGUUGAACCCCCACAGAGGAGAGAUCCUGAAGGACACCUACAUGCUGCUGAUGAAGAUCCAAAUGCUCCAUCCAGCCAACGCCACCACAGUGGGAUGGGACUGGACGCUGCUGAAAUGCAUCAUGGAGGACAAGGAGAAGCCCCCUGGCCAGCUGCUCUUCCUGCAGUACGUGGUGCAGACCCUGGAGGACGACUUCCAGCAGAACCUGAGGCUGCGCCUGCUGCAGAAGUCAAUUGCCAAGAAGGUGCUUUCGUGUGACAUGUGCUUCAACAACGUCAAGGAGGUGGUUGAAUGGUUGGUCGCAACAGUUACAGGAGUCAGUUUGCCGCCGCCGCAGGAGCAGCCACAAGAAACUACAUCAUCUUCAGCAGAAGCAAGGGCCGAACACAGCUCAUCUGCACCAUGGCUGGCCAGCACUGACCAGACAGAGGUGGCUCCACCAGCUUUCUUCACCCAGAAGGUGAUGCUCCUGCUCCAGCGGAUGUUGUCCAUCGCAGUGGAAGUCGACAAAUCUCCCAACUGCAGCUCCUGUAAGAUCGCAGAUGUGAUAUUCCCAUUUAUACUGAAUAUUCCCCUGAGGAGCCAAAGGGAAGCUUUCCUAAAUACCAUGGGGAGCCAGCUCCUGCGCUGUAAACUGCUAGAGCUGUUGUUCCAGCAUAGCUGUGAUGUGCCUACAACCUUGCCUUUGUCUCUGGCCAAGAUCCUUUAUUUCCUGAGUCACUCCUCUGUGCUGCUGCAAUACCAGGAUGAAACAGCAACAUGGCAAAAAUGGGAUGAGAUGCUGGAGUACUUGAGUUUGCUGCUGCUGAGUUACCAAAAUGUAAUACUGGAGCACUUGCGGAGCUCACUCACUGACCGGAUGGAUUUGAUCAUUCAGAAAGCCAAGCCCAAGCUCCAGGACAGCGACGACAUUGGCCACCUGGACAUCCAUCUGAAGGUAGAGGACUUCAUCAGCCGAAUGCAGCAGGUUCUGGGGGAGCCUUUUCCUCUGCAGAUCAUGGAGAAACUGAGCAUGCUUCGGGAGUUAUUCCUCAUUGUCACCGCUACCUGAUGGAGACAUCCACUGCAGCAGGGGCACAAAGAACUGCAUGUUUCCUCUAUAAAACCCCAUCAAAACCCCAUCUCUUGCUGCAGUCUCAAGUGUUGUACAUCAUGAGUUUGGUUAUACAUUUCUUGGGGGGGGAGUGUCUGGUUUACAUGGUCUCAGUUUCAUAUUUGCCUCAUUCUGCAGUUUUACCAAGCACUUUGUACACUUUAAAAAAUAAAUUAUUUUUGUACAUGCUGA